CGGUAACGCCUGGGCGUGGCUUCAGCAGAUAAGCACAAGGCACACAGCAUGUCUGAUAUAAGCAAUCCAUAAAUCAGAACCGAGCUGUUUGAAUCUUUAUUCAAUCUUUUUAAAAUAUUUUUUUUACAGAUUUAAAUCCAGAGGUCUGCUGUAGGGAGAGUGUGAGUGUCACCUCAUUAGCUUUGUACACAGUUGACAGGAAACCAUAAACGCCAGGAAAGGAGAUCAGUACGACAGAAGACAGAACCAUGAGUGAGAACCAUGAACCCGAAACUCGUGAGGACGCCGAGCCCACGGUACCGGCGGAGGAGCCUGAGGGAGCCCCCACGGAGGAGCGCUUAAUCGAGCCGGAGGAGGUGAAGCAGGAGAACGGCGGAGAUGGGGAGAGUCAGCGGGCCGCGGUGGAGAAACAGCCCGAGUUUGUACACCCCGAGGGCGGCUGGGGCUGGGUGGUCAUGCUCGCCUCCAUGUGGUGCAACGGAUCGGUGUUCGGAAUCCAGAACGCCUUCGGGAUCUUAUUCGUGUCCCUGCUGAAGGAGUUCGGCUCCGAGAAUGAUGAAGACCUGCGCUUCAGGACAGCGUGGGUGGGCUCUCUGUCCAUGGGGAUGAUAUUUUUCUGCUCUCCGAUCGUCAGCGUGUUUACAGAUGUGUUCGGCUGCAGGAUCACGGCGGUGGGCGGGGCUGCUGUCGGCCUUGUCGGCCUUUUCGCCUCUUCGUUUGUCACGUCUCUGGGCGCGCUGUACUUCACCUACGGCGUGGUGUUUGCGUGCGGCUGUUCGUUCGCGUAUCAGCCGAGUCUCGUCAUCCUCGGACAUUACUUUAAGAAGCGUCUGGGUUUGGUGAACGGUGUGGUGACGGCGGGGAGCAGCGUCUUCACCGUGUCUCUGCCCCCGCUGCUCUCGUCCCUGCUGCUCCGCCUCGGCCUGCACAACACCCUGCGCGUCCUCUCCGUCCUCAUGUUCCUGCUCCUGCUGGCCGGGUUCACCUACAAGCCCCUCCUCCCACACAGGGCGGAGUCAAAGAAGGCCUCGUUAAAGAGAAUCUGUAACGUCCAGAUCUGGAGGAGUCUGAGUUACAGGAUCUGGGCCUUCGGGAUUCCGGCCGCGCUCUACGGAUACUUCGUCCCCUACGUCCACCUGAUGAAGCAUGUAGAGGAGCGUUUCGGCACCGAUGCGAAUAAGGAGGUGUUACUGAUGUGUCUCGGCAUCACGUCUGGUGUGGGACGUCUCAUCUUCGGGCGUGUGGCCGACUACGUCCCCGGAGUGUACAAAGUCUUCCUGCAGGUGUCGUCGUUCCUGGUGAUCGGCGUGAUGUCGAUGUUGAUCCCGGUGUGUGACGUGUUCGGGGGUCUGAUCGCUGUGUGUUUACUGAUGGGGUUGUUUGACGGGUGUUUUAUCUGCAUCAUGGCUCCCAUCGCCUUCGAGCUCGUCGGCUCCGAGAACGUCUCUCAGGCCAUCGGCUUCCUGCUGGGCAUGAUGUCCGUACCUAUGACCGUGGGUCCCCCUAUCGCAGGGUACCUGCGUGAUCGCCUGGGCAGUUACGACGUGGCGUUCUACCUGGCGGGGAUCCCUCCUCUGAUUGGUGGAGCUGUGUUGUGUUUGAUCCCGUGGGUGGAGCAGAGGAAGAGGAGGAAAGAGAGGAAGAAUAAAACCGACGACAGUAUGGCACAGAGCAUGAUCACACACAACGACACGGAGAAGAACAACAAGCUCGAGUCUGUCAUUUGAGUCUCUCUCUCACACACACAUACACACACACACAUUUGGCAUUUCUGAAGAACACAGUGAAUGCAUGUGUCAUGUGUGUUAAGUGUGUUUUUAUAUCUCCGUGACGACCAAAUGUCCUCACAAUAGUUAGGUCAGUGAAAGGUCCUCACAAGGAUAGUAAGACAAUCAUGUGUGUGUUCUGUUUUAUUUUAUUCGGAACACCUUACUAUAUAUAUAUGUCAUGUCUAUAUUAUACAAAUAUCAUAAAUAUAAAAGAAAACCAUAUACGAGUCAUUAUAUAAGCGAAACAUAGACCUUUAAUGAAAUAUACAUUCACUUUAUAGACUGAUUUCCUCGACUACAGUAAAUCAAAUUUAAUUGGCUUCUUUUUCUUUUUAAAGUCUAUGCAGAAGUUUUACUCAGAACUUUAUACGUCCAUAUUAGGAAUAUUUAUGUCGGAUUUUGUAAAAAAAAAAUAAAUAUAUAUAUAUAUUUAAAUAUCGAAACCAAAGACAUUUUUAAUCGCAGUGUCCGGUUAUUAAGCUGCAGUAGAAUAUACAAGUCACACUACACCUUUGAUCUGAUUUUAAAUUCUGAUUUUAAAGGCAGUGAUGAAGCAUUAAAGGGAUUCGAACUUAAUUUCGCUUUAGUUAUUUAGAUGUUUUUUGUUUUUUUUCCUGAAGACUGAAAUCGACCAUUUUAAAAAAAGAAAGAAAAAACAUUCUCUAUGCAAUGCGGCUACGGAUAUUAAUUCUUUUUUUACGCUACGUGCCGCUGAUAAAAAUUCAGGGAUGUAAUUAAUCGUUAACUUUAAAAGGGCUGAUCUGGAGGAACAUUAGCAUUGCUAGCUUUGUCAAGCACCUCGCUUGUGAUGUGUGUGUGUGUGUGUGUGUGUGUGUGUGUGUGUGUGUGUGUGUGAUUAAUGACUCGAUCUGUAGGUGUAAAUAUAAUCUACCUCAAUUUUACAUCACAGGCUUUCAGACACAAGGGAAAAUCAUUCAUUUCAUUUUAAAAUCAGUUUUAGAAUGUUAAAACAAUUCUGUCGCUCUGAAUCGCAUCGUUACGUUAUUGUUUUAUUGUAUUUUAUUAUUAUAUCAGUGUUCGUGCCUUAACCUGGUCGUGCGAGUCUUUCAUUAACCCCGAUUCUUUGUAUAAUUCGUGUUUAUGUAAUAAAUAAGGAAAACGCUAUAAUCGGAUAUAUUAUUUAAAAUAUUUUUCAAGGAAUAAUAUUUCUCAUCUGGUUUCCAAAUAAUAGUAAAAAAAACAUCGGUAUUUCAGAAUGCGAUAUUUUCAUUUUGUGGUGUUUUCGUGUCCGCGGUCUCAGCAUGUUGUCUUUUAAAAAGGCUUUAUAAAUGUAUUAUUUUGUGUGGGAAAUGAACUGAAUCUUUGAUUUCAUCGUAAAAUGUUUUCGUUUUUUAGUGCAGACCUGCGGCGAAACUCAUUUUAUCCUCCUCAUCAUCAUCGCGAUACUGCGUUAGGGAAAUAUUACUGUCGUAGUGAAGUAUUAUGAGAGACGGUUCUGUCGGCAGUGUUUUAGUAACUUCAGUCAGAAUUACAGGAUUAAUUCUGACUCUUCAUGUCCUCACGCUGACCUCCAAACCACAACAGGCUUUAUCUCCCCCUAAACAUGCUGCCUAAUUAGGCACCCUCCUCCUGUGUGGGCCAUAAUUUAAAGUGUCCACAGUAACAAUACUGCGACAUGUUUCUGAAAUGACGUAUUAGCACAUACCUAGUUCAGUAUUUAUAGAUUUACAAAGCUAUCAUCGUUUGUUUUUGUGUUUUUAUUAACACUCAUAUUCUCCUCGUUUCCUGUUUACACUUGUGGUGUUUGGGGGUCAAUAGGAACCCAAACAUUUAUUGAGUGAUUGUAAUAUAUAUAUAUAUAUAUAUAUAUAUAUAUAUAUAUAUAUAUAUCACACACACACAUACACACAUUUUUAAUAAUACAAAUGAUAUAUCUUAUAAAACCUAUAGGGAUUACAGUUUCAUAAAGAAAGUGUUUUUAUUAUAUAUAUAUAUAUAUAUAUAUAUAUAUAUAUAUAUAUAUAUAUAUAUAUAUAUAUAUAUAUAUAUAUUUCAGCAGAGGGUUAUAGAGAUCCAGUUAUUGUUUGUGGAGUAAAUAAACACUUCAAAUCACACUCAGGUAUCAGCAUAAAGGAAAUCAUUACUACCGCUGUGAAAAAUAAUGAACGGCAUGAAUGAAUUGUUUGUAGCUGAACCAAAUGUUUUUAUUUUAGUGUACCAAAAAAGAGGAAUUAAAGCUAAAAACCAAAGGCUCCAUCCUAAAUGCUGGCGUUCCUGACUAGUUAGUGUUUGUAUUAUAAAAUUGGACAUUUCAAAAUUCUGAUGCAGAUGGUGCUUAUUGUUGGAGUUGUUGGAGUUUUCAUUAUAAAUCUCAUUUCAUUAUAAGUCUCUAUAAACUAUUCCAGUCUGGAAAUCUGGUCAUUAAUUAACCAUCCGAGCAUGGGGCAGCAUGAUGCCCGCCCUAAUGGACCUCUAUUAGCAUUUGUUGCAGUUCCAUUUUUGGCCACUAGGUGCAAUAAUAACUCCAUUGAACUAAAUGGGCCCUUUAUGCAACAUCUAUGAAGGCGAGUAAAUCAAAAGAACAUUGGUUUAUAUCUGUCUUACACUCAGAAGAGGUUAUCAGUAUUUCAACCGAAUUCAAAAUGUAUGUUUUCCCACUCUGCCACUCAAAAACGUUGAAGUGAAACGACUUAAAUCCACCACUUCGAGUUGAGUCGAACGCAGCCUAAUUCUCAGAUCAUGAGGGAGUGUGUGUAUUACCCAUAAUGCACUGUGACUGGGCAAGUUGUUUACAGUUGCUUUGUGUGUGUAAUGAAAUGAACAAUUGAGACACGGUGUGUUAUUAUCAGUGUUGGUUUGUAUCAGGGCUCCACGCUGCUUUUCUGCAUCAGCUUCGUUGAUGAAACGCAUUGUUCACUGACUGAUUUAUCUUAAUUCUUUAUGAAUCUUUUUUUUUUUUUUUUUUUUCUUGAUAUCCACUUGUGGGUUGAAUAAUACAAACUGCUUGAUUUUUUUUUUUUUUGAACACUGUACAAAACAAUAAAGAAAAAUCUCAUUUUUAUGAA